GGACUGAAAAUUUACGCUUGGACUCCAGUAAAACUACAGAUCCGGAGCCAAUGAGACGACACGGUGACCACGAAUAUGCCGCUGUCCCGUCAGACAGCAACUGUGAAUCAAAGCUGACCAGGACCCACACGGGGAAGAACGCGUUUUCUUGCAGCACUUGCAGGAAAGAGUUCAGUACAAGUCGUAUUUUAAUGGAUCACAUGAAGAUCCACACUGACGAAAGGCCGUACCUGUGCAACACCUGCGGAAAAUCGUUUAGUAAAUCAUCAACUCUUAAAAGCCACAUAACCACACACACGGGCGAGAAGCCCUACAUCUGCAAAACCUGUGGAAAGAGUUACAGGCUACGUUCCAACCUGGUGGUUCACUCAAGGAUCCACACCGGGGAAAGACCGUACCUGUGCAACACCUGCAACAAAACCUUUACUCAAUUAUCAGGUCUUAAACAGCACAUAACCACGCACACGGGCGAGAAGCCCUACAUCUGCAAAACAUGUGGUAAGAGUUACAGGCUACGUUCCCAACUGGUGAGUCACUCGAGGAUCCACACCGGCGAAAGGCCGUACGUGUGCAACACCUGCGGAAAAACCUUUACUGAAUCAUCACAUCUUAAACAGCACAUAACCACGCACACGGGCGAGAAGCCCUACAUCUGCAAAACAUGUGGAAAGAGUUACAAGCUACGUUCCCACCUGGUGAUUCACUCGAGGAUCCACACCGGCGAAAGGCCGUACGUGUGCAACACCUGCGGAAAAACCUUUACUGUAUCAUCAUCUCUUAAACAGCACAUAACCACACACACGGGCGAGAAGCCCUACAUCUGCAAAACAUGUGGAAAUAGUUACAGGCUACGUUCCCACCUGGUGAUUCACUCGAGAAUCCACACCGGCGAAAGGCCGUACGUGUGCAACACCUGCGGAAAAACCUUUACCGCAUCAUCACAUCUUAAACGGCACAUAACCACGCACACGGGCGAGAAGCGGUAUUUGUGCAAGACGUGCAACAAAGGUUUUAGCCGCAGAAUUGAUUUGCUGAGUCACAUGAAAAGUCACCAGGAGGAGAAGUCUGGUGACUCGUGACAAAUGAAGCUCAUGUUGUCGUCCUCCGGGGGCAGCUGUCCACUCCUGUCUGACCCACAGAAGAAGAACCUGCAGAAGUCCAACCACCACCAGCUGUGGCUGAUGAGCCUAAUCCCCUCCCCACAAGGGUUGCAGGUUCAACCUGGAUUUAUGCUUCUCCAUCAACUUGACGCAGAGGUAACGAUGUGGUCGUGUACCUUUUU